AUGUUCAUUAGUCAUUCUUUUGCGGAUUCUCCAGAUGGGGGUGUUAAAUUGCUCACAUACAGUAGUAGAGGCCCGACACAAAUUUAUUAUUCUGAAAUAAGUACCCAGUUACUUACAGAAACAAUUAUAACAAAUAAAGUUCUUAUUCUUGACAGAUUCUAUAGCCUUAAUGUGAUUGAACUGUCUGUGUUCUUGAUGCAAUUAAUUGAUACUUGCAAAGGAGGAGAUGGUUUGAGGAACAAUAUAAACAAGAAGAGGCUUCUUUUGUAUUUUAAAUCAUCAGGAUCUUUCAACAACUACGCAAUCGAAAUGUUUACGAGCAUUGCACAGAUAGAGGCUAUCACAUCAGAAGAAAUGGCUCACAGACUUACAUGGGGAAGAUUUGUGAAUUGGCAUGGUGGUCAAGGGAAAAACAUAGCAUGUGACAUGGCCCAAGAGAUUUGCAACAGGGUUAGUAAGGAUGUUGUGAGAGGUAUGGGGCCAAAUAAAACAGUGAAGGCAAUGACAAGGGCAUCAAAGGCAGCAGCUGGAAUACAGCAGAUUGUCAAGAGAAUAAACAGCGAAUCAGAUAUAAAGAGGGUGUCACAAGUGCACAGCCACAAGAGCUCGAUAGAAGAUGAACUUUUGAUGGUAAAAGAUUUGCAGGAGAUAAAGCCAUUUAUGAGGAUGCAAGGCAGACAUCAUGCCCAUUUUGACCAGAUGCAGGUUUCACCAUCCAGUGGAGUUGAUAUGAAAAGCUUUUUCAAGUGGCUUGAGAAACACAAGAAGCAAAUAGCAAUGGGAAAAAAAUAA